AUGGACUCGUAUUCGCAAUCUCCAAGCUCGGGAGCGCCGCCAAGGAAAAAAUUGAAGAUCGGCAAUGGAAACGCCUGUGAGUUGUGUCGCUCCAAGAAGAUAAAGUGCGAUGGAAUGCGCCCAGCCUGCGGCAACUGCCAUAAGAAACAACACGUCUGUAUUUAUCAAGUCAAUGCGACUACAGUAACCCAAGAGCAGGCGACAAAGAUUCCCGGUAUUGGAUACAGUGGCAGCCCCGGUACAUUUGCCGGAGAAGUAAAAGCCGCCAUUGAUGCGAGAUUUGGUGCAAUUCCCAAUGGCCUCUCCAAUGCCAUGCCAAUGUCAGAUGCUCCGUUAUUCGAAUUACAGCUGCCUCGCAGACGGCCCAGCGACGAGCAUCUGGACAAGGUUUUGCCGCCACGCCGACAAGCUGAUGAACUACUACACGCUUUUUGGAGGUAUAUUAAUCCGGUAGACUGCUUUCUUGACAAGAAAAGAUUUUGUCGCUCAUACGAGGCCUUGUUCGCAGGAGGGGACUUGGGAACGGAUGAGCAUACAUUCAUUUGCACUUUAAACGUUGUGUUUGCCUUUGCUACUCAAUCUCACGAGUCCAAGGUAGCUUCAGAAAGAGAUGCAGCCGCAAAUACAUACUUCCUGAGAGCAUGGAAUUUACUAAACCCGGAAACUAUUCUUUGGGAGCCGCCGUCUUUACAGAUUGUCGAAUGUCUAUUACUAAUGAGCCGAUACCUCCAAUCCUACGAAUUCAUCUCCCCAAAACUUCAGACUCUGGCAUCUCAGAUGAUCAAGCGCACUGGCAACACCAUCUUUGGAACUGCUGCGUUUCCAAGAACGAUAUCCUGGAUGCUGGGCCACACUUUAAUAACAUCGUUGGAGGCCUUGCCGAGCAGCACAAGUAGAAAGUAUUCUUACGAUAACUACUUGCCCGAGACAAAUGAGCUAUAUGAAAUCAGUCGUUAUUUCGUCAAGGCACAGACCUCAACUAGUGGCAAUGUGGCUGAGAAAUUUGGGCUGUCUGGACAGAACCAGCGAAAGGAGUCUUAUUGUAGCGUAGUGUUACAGCAUGAAUCUUGCCUGAUCCAAUGGGAGAAGGCAAGGCUCGGCACGACGCCUCUCGAAGAAAGCGAAAAUCACGAUUUGAAGCUGCGAAGGCAUAUUCUCAAACUUCGGUAA